GUUGUGUUCUUAUCAGUUUGCCAGGCGGGUGUCAAGAGGAAGCUGCCGAAAAGGGAGAGCGCCCUCUGCUGGGGAGGCUGUUCGCACUAAGCUCUUGAUCUCGAGCAUCGCCAUAUUGACGUCCCAACAACGCUGAGAGGAGGAAGUUGUUGUAGCCCCCAGUGAUGACCGUACUGAACCCUGUACGCCCUGAUUAGACCGGUUGGAUGCCCCCAUUUAACAGCCAGCUUUAAUACCAGAGGUGUCUCAGCUGUUCGUUUUCACCUCACCAUUAUCCUGGAGUUAACCACCCAGGAGAUUUAAGUCAAGAACCCGUGCAGAAUAUGUCUGGGCCUGUUCCAAGCCGUUCACGAGUUUACCCCGAUGUAAACACACAGAGACCCCGCGAAUACUGGGACUAUGAGUCCCAUGUGGUUGAGUGGGGGAACCAAGACGACUAUCAGCUCGUCAGAAAACUAGGAAGAGGCAAAUAUAGUGAAGUUUUUGAAGCCAUAAACAUCACAAACAAUGAAAAAGUGGUCGUCAAAAUUCUGAAGCCCGUCAAGAAAAAGAAAAUCAAGCGAGAAAUAAAGAUCCUGGAGAAUCUGCGGGGUGGCCCAAAUAUCAUCUCACUGUUAGAUAUCGUCAAGGAUCCUGUGUCUCGAACCCCAGCUCUGGUCUUUGAACAUGUGAACAACACAGACUUCAAGCAAUUGUAUCAGACUCUCUCAGAUUUCGACAUACGGUUCUACAUGUAUGAAAUCCUAAAGGCCCUGGACUAUUGCCACAGUAUGGGAAUAAUGCACAGAGAUGUCAAGCCACACAAUGUAAUGAUUGAUCACGAACACAGAAAGCUCCGUCUAAUCGACUGGGGUCUGGCCGAGUUCUACCACCCAAACCAAGAAUACAACGUGAGAGUAGCAUCCAGGUAUUUCAAAGGACCUGAGCUGCUGGUAGACUACCAGAUGUACGACUACAGCUUGGACAUGUGGAGUCUGGGGUGCAUGCUGGCCAGCAUGAUCUUCAGGAAGGAACCGUUCUUUCAUGGCCAUGACAAUUAUGAUCAGCUCGUGCGGAUUGCAAAAGUACUUGGAACAGAGGACCUGUAUGACUACAUUGACAAGUACAACAUCGAGUUGGAUCCACGGUUCAAUGACAUUCUGGGAAGACAUUCUCGUAAAAGAUGGGAGAGGUUUGUGCACAGUGAGAACCAACACCUAGUCAGCACAGAGGCUCUAGACUUUCUGGACAAGCUGCUGCGCUACGACCAUCAAGCUCGCCUCACAGCCAGAGAGGCGAUGGAUCAUCCCUACUUUUUUCCCAUCGUCAAGGAUCAGGGAAGAGGGGCCACUCCUGGAGGGAUGGCUGCUAGCUCUACUCCUGUCAGCUCUUCAAGUAUGAUGGCCGGCAUCACCUCAAUGUCCUCUUCGCAGCCUCUGGCGAACAUCGCUGCGUCACCCGUCAUCUCUGCCCCCAACACUCUGGCCACACAAGUCCCCGCAGCCACCGGGGCCCAGCCCUGAACCCCACCUCCUCACCUCUGUUAACUUGUGCUCAUGACCAUGUCCUGGCCAGCUCGCACCGCGAGGACUCCAGGCUCGUGGCUCCCCUUUUUAUGUUGAAAAUAAAGAUUUAAAUUUGCUUUUCACGUUCAGUUCUAUUUUGACACCUGGACUUGACAGAAAAAGAAGAAAAAAAACCCGUGGUUGCACCUGUCAGGUUUACUAGAGUUAAUUUGGGUGUGUUAUUUGACGAUGCCAUUGUCUAGAAAUUCUAAUAAGAUGUAGACAUAAAGAGAAUGGAUAAUAAAAUUUAUUUUGUAUGUUCCAAAUAUACAGUCUUGCUUGAAACUGUUUGAUGGGGAUCCUGCUGUAUUACACUGUGAACUUCCACACGACUUCACAAACUCGAGAGUCAGGAACCUGGCGCGCCCCCACGUUCUAGCAGUGCUCGCUGGUUGCACACAAUGUAAUGUGCAGGAGUUGUCGGUGUUUUGAAGUUGUUAGAUGCUAUCAUUCUUUAAUUGGAAUUUUGUAGAUAUUCUACAGUUACUGUCAGGUUGCAUGCACCCGAUGCUGAGUUUCACAGGGUCAAUAGUUUGCCAACUUUAUGUUACUUUCACUUCUGUACGUGUAUGUAUGUGUCCAUGUUUGUUUUUUAUGAAAUCUCUUACACAUGAUUUUGAUUACAUAGACAAUUUUGUAACCUUUUGUUUUAUGUUGGGAGGAGUCAUCACCUACGGAAAACAACUUCAAAAAUAAACAAUUUAAACAGG